CAGUCUAUGCUUGAAACACAUGCUACAGCUUUUACGUCCGAAUCGGAAGUCAGAUUUCCGUUUUCAAUUAUUGACGUCGUUACGUUCCACGUCAUUUGACGUGCAUAUGAAAGUUGCCGCGCAUGGUUCAGCUAAGUGUGUCCGUGUUAUGUUUAGUGGCUGGUUUCGGCCGAUGAAAAUAUAGCGAGAUAUUUUCCCCUUUAUUGUUCUGGUAAAGAAAUCUCUGACAAAUCUAUUCAUUUAUUGCAUGUACUUUGCAAACGAUAGCUGCGCGCAGGUUUCAAAUUUUUUGGCUAAUAUUAGCUAGCUAGCUAGAUAGCAAAUUACUGCGUUGAACGAAGUGUUUUAGGGGAAAAUAACGCGACGAACACGAAGUAGCUAAAUGUCUUUAAAACCAUUUAACAAAUUGCCCGAAUUGAAUACAGCCAACGUAUUGCUUGUGGAGAAUGAAGAGCGGUUUCAGAAGAAGUUAGCAGACGCCAUCGUCCUCCUAGAAAACAAUGUAAACGUAAUAGUGCGUUUGGCCCGGAGUCUUCCAUUGCCAUUGGAAAAUGCAGAGAGUCGGCCACGAAUCGAUUUAGUGGUUUUUAUCGUGCACCUCAACUCUGAACAAAGUCUUUUGUCAGCAGAGACAUCUCUUAAGCAUUUGGAUUCAGGUUACUUCCUGGGCAAAGUCUGUUUCCUGGUUACUGGUGCUCGAUGUGGAACGCUUCCUUAUGAGCGCCUGACCUCUCUCAAGAAGAUGGCUGCAACCUUAAACUCACCCUUGCUGAUGACAGAAGACAAGCCUGCUGCCGACAUGACUCGGCUGUACGCGGCUUUGCACUACAACCACAAAAAACGAACAUCAACAUUCUACGGCAGAGGGUGUGAACACUGCAGCUCAACGGGUGCUGGCCGUGCUCAGGGUGGCGGCAGGCCUGGUUCCCAUGGCGACUGGCCUCUACCUCUCCUCUCUCACUCGCUGCACUGUCCCCAAUGACCCGGACUGGCAAAAUCAGGACUGACCACACCUUCACCAGCCUCAGCAAUGACCAAUUCCGAACUACCAUUAGUUUCCAGCAGGUCUUUGUCAAUUAAUUUCACCUGGAUCGCUUUCUUUUUUUUUUAAAAACCACGGCAUGUGUUCAGAUUUCUUUGUUGGUGAAAAUGGAAAAACCCUGAUUUGACCAGUCCCACAUCUUAGAUUGUGUUUAGAGAACAUGACACCUGAUAACCUGUCAUUGCUAUGUGAGAAUCGUGGUUUCUUUGUGCAGCAAGGGAUGUAGAAUGAGUUGUGCACAUUGGAGCUGCUUUACUAGGACUUACAACAAACCAGGCACUGUGCCUUUUCUCCAGCUGCUGACCAAGUCAGGGUCCUGCCCUAGACUACACCGCAUCCAUCUUGUAGUGGUGGCAGCAUUCAACUGUCGCCCCCAUCAAUUCUCAUUAUGUUCUUUCCUUGUAAAUGUUCAUGUUGGUAUAUGGUUAUAAAAUUGAAUAAAAUUUGUCUAUUCUC